AUGCGUGUCGGAAAGUCCACUCUUUUUGGCGGUCUCGCCCUGACUCCUCUGGCUUUGGCUGUGCCAAUGCUCCAGUCACGAGCCACUGCCGAUACGGCCGAAUGGACGGAAUUACACAGAGCUGCGCAGCUGUCCUCUGCAGCUUACACCGGUUGUACCGGUACUGCCUUCGAUGUCACCAUCACGAAGCAAAUCAAUGAGCUCACAACCGAUACCCAGGGCUUCAUCGGUUACUCCACCGAGAAGAAGCGUAUCACCGUCGCCAUGAGGGGUUCCACUAGCGCAACCGACAUUGCCAACGACGUCGACACCACUCUGGUCGAGCCCAGCCUGUCUGGUGUCAACUUCCCCUCCGGCGCCAAGAUGAUGCACGGCAUCUAUUCCCCAUGGUCUUCCGUGCACGAUGAUGUGAUCUCGGAGGUCAAGUCGCUGGUCGAGCAGUACCCCGACUACACCAUCGAAUCGACCGGACACUCCCUCGGUGGCUCUCUCACCUACAUCUCCUACAUCGCGCUUGCGCAGAACUUCCCCGGAAAGACAAUCAUCAGCAAUGCCCUUGCCGCCUACCCCAUCGGUAACGAGGACUUUGCCAACUUUGGUGCUUCUCAGAACGGCACCCUGAACCGGGGUAACAAUGCUAAUGAUGGUGUUCCGAACAUGUACGUCAUGUGGCCUUGGGACUUUGUUCACUAUGGCACUGAAUACUACAGCUCCGGAACCCAGGCCAGCACGGUCAAGUGUAGUGGUGAGCGCGAUACCUCCUGCUCGGCGGGUAAUGGCCAGGUUGGUGUCACUGCUGGACACUUUUCCAACUUUGGUAUCUCGAUGGGUCUUGCUGGAUGCUCUUCGUCGCUUUUCUAA